AUGGAUAUCGAUCGGGAGGGGAGAUCAGGUCGACCAUCGCUGCUGGAUCGGUUGGGACCUUCGGAACCGUCCGCUCCUGCUACAAUAGGGACAGACAAGGACCGUCUGAACAGACUGUUAGAUACACCCCUGGGUGUUGAUCCUGACGAGUACAAUCCUGGUCAAGAUGGAGAAGCUAUGGGUGUCGAUACCGAAGAGAAGCUGGAUUCGGCUUUGGACAAAGGGUUGAAGGACAGGCUAAGCAAGUCGAGAUUGUAUCUCCUGGAAGAGUCUGGGACUAUCAUACAUCACCCAGAUAUCGAGGAUCGUGAAGAGGAAGAACCGGACUUUUCCUACCUAGAAAAUCUCGAAAGCGAGUCCCCAGUCCGGGAUUGCGCAUUGCACCUUUCUGGAUUCCCCCUACAAAACCUGAGCACAUCGCAAGUUUUCAGUUACGUGACCAUGUUCGCACCUAAGCCCGUCGGUAUCGAAUGGAUCUCAGAUACCCGUCUGUGCAUCGUAUACAGCUCUCCGACGUCUACGAAGACGGCCUUGGAGCUGCUCGCCAAGACCGGAUUCGAUCCCUACCCUCCUCAGAUGGACGACCCGCUAGAGCUCAGAAGUGCUCAGCCACUACCGACCGAACUUCGUGAAAGCAUCAUCGCUGCCCUAGAUGAGAAAGAGCGAGCUCGACUGGAUAGGAACGGGGAUGAUGGAAGGUUGAAAAUGCAGGAUGGGCUGGUUAUCGCAAAGGGCUUGGAUGGCCGGGACGAGGCCGACCUACCCGAGGGGCUUCGACCGGGAGCGAGGUUGGAUAUUCGGUAUGCCACGGAGGCUGACGUCAAGGCCCGAACAAAGGCUAGCGAGAGCCAGUGGUACGCCAAACAUGGGCGAGGAGCUGGAAAAGAACGAGUACCGCUCUUAACAGACAAGCGCAAAUACGGUCGAUAUGCCGACGCCCCUGAUCCACAGGACGAAGAGCGGGAUCGACGUCGGGGAGAUGGAAAUGGUCAGGCUCGUCGGCGACGUUCAGCCAGUCCUGGUCGACGAGAUAACAGGCGGAGAGGCAGACCGACAGCCGAGGAUCUGGACAAGGAGUUAGAGACGUUUAGGUCGGGCGAACCUGCAGAGUCUCGCCGUGAUGAAGGCCGGGAUAACAGGGACAGUCAACAUGGGACGAGGAGAAAGGGAAGAGCGAGGCAGGAGGAUCUGGAUGCCGAACUGGACGCCUUCUUGAACUCGCGAAAUUGA